ACCCCAAGGGGGGGUUGGAGGAGUGUUUGCCGCUGCGGCUGCAAGUUCUGAUCCCGGCGCGGGGCGCACAUUUCUAAUCAUCUCCAAGAACGCAUCCUAGAGGGAACGACGAGCAGAGGACCCCAGCAAACAGACCAACAAAUCACACAGUGACUGGAAAGAGCAGAGGCUUUCAGAGACUGAGGAAAGAACACUACUCAGAAAGACACAACAGAGAAUCAGUGGGAUAUAUUUUCAACGUUGUGGUGUCCUUUUUAUGUUUUUCCUCUUUCCUCAUGCUUUCCGUUCUUGUGCUUUCAAUUCUUUUUGUCUUGUCCAUGUUUCUCAUCCUCUUCCUCUCAUAAUUUAUCCCUCUGUGGUGGAAUGCUCCCUGCAAAUAGAUAGGAAGAGGCUUUCUGUGAGCUUGCUGCAGUGUUAACAAACAGUACACUGAGUCAGUAGAGAGCUGAGCGGACAGCUUGGGGAAAUCUGAUCCACAGCCGGCUGGUGAAGGAGCAGGAUCACGCGUCGCAGUUGCAGCUUUAUCCGCCCUGUGAUACUGUGCAACAACACCCCUCAUUCUUUUUUCCCCCUUUAUCCCUCUUUCUGUCCUCAUCUUGAUUGUUUCUUUUUGACUGGAUCAGGACAAUUAAUUGGAUUCUACUGCUUCCUUUUUAGCCUUACUGGAAUAUUGUACAUACAAACAAAGCAAAGGAGGUUUGGAUAUUUUUUAUUUUUAAAAAAAAAAAGGAGAAAAGGAGGAGGCUGCUUGAAAAGCAAUGGGUGACAAAGAUUAGCAGAUUAUCAUAGGAGAGUGCUGAAAAGACGCAUAAGCAAUACACACCUUACUGAUCAACCUUUUUCAGUUAUGAAAGAGACAGAUUUUGGGAUGUGAAGGACGCUGACUCGGCUAAAGCAGUCGGAACAGACUGCAUCAGGAAACAUUCUUUUCUCUUUUUUUUGGUCCGCCCAGGGUGGGGAAGCAACUAGACCCACCCUGCAAGUUUAACUCCCUGAUUAGAUAUUACUGUCCCGUCGUGGAUUGUACAUGGAGGACAUAUUAAGCAUGUUAAGGAAAAAUUGUUGUGGAUUCUCUUUGUCUUUUUGUUUUUUUGCUGCAAUGGCAUCCAAACACUGAUGCCAUGGAUUUCCUACGUGUACAGAUGUAAAUCUGUUUCUUCCCACCCAUCUCGCCCUUCCAUCUCUCUCCUUAUCUCGCCUUCUACCUAUUAGAAGCGUCGCUUCUUCUAUUUUUCUUCUUGCUAAACCCUGCUGUGAAGAUUCUUGGAGUUCACUGUUGCUUCAGCUGGACAUUAAGAGUUGGGCAGGACUAAAUACAGACUAAACGAUUAUACGUCUAUCCCAGUUCUCCAGUUUCUGUCUCUGAGUGUGAGUGUGUGUGCUUGAGUGUUUGUGAUUGUGUGUAUGCAUGUAUCUCCUGCACCCCUCCCCUCUCUCUCCAUCCUUAGAAUACAUAUUUGUGUAUGUGUUAAUGAGAGUCAGAAUCUGUGAGGUCCGUUUCUUCACCUUUGCAUUCGUCUUUUCAUCUGGCCUCGUUGGAAAACCUUUCUGCCAUGUGCAACCGAUGCCUAUCACUGGGUUAACCCUUAAUGAGCCAUAAAGGACGGCAGGGAAGGAUGAGUGAGUGUUCUGGUGCAGCUGCAUCUGGGGCAGUAAUCCUGGAGGAACCUGAAGGUUCAGGGGCAUCUGCGGGCCGUGGAGAGGGCCAGGCCCAGGAACAAGGUCCCCUUCGUUGUGCAGUUUGGCCUCGCCAGCAGACAUGGCUGUGCGUGGUUCCUUUACUUAUUGGUUUUAUUGGCCUUGGAUUGAGCCUGAUGCUGCUAAAAUGGAUUGUUGUUGGCACAGUGCGGGAUUACGUCCCAACAGAUCUGGUGGAUGCAAAUCGAAUAGGCCAAGAUCCCAUCUUCCUCUCCAAGCCAAGCGGGAUUCCCAAAAGUCCUGAUACUACCACUACUACAACUACUCCUACGAUCGAUAGCAGGAACCCCACUGCUAGAACUGUUACUGUGGCAAAGGGUAGAACUCGCACUACUGCUACCACCACAAUUACAAACGCUAGAGGGGGCGGAGCUUCAGGUAGUCAGGUAACUCCUCGGAAUCCUGUAAAUCGGAAUGGACGUGGACCUUCAGGUUUUACUACGACCACUGCAGCGCCACGUACAACUUUCAUAAUUGGAGCUGCAACAUCUAGCUCCUCACCACCCAAUCCAACGGUACUUCAUGACUCUACGCAGAUGUGGACCACAGAACAUACUACUACAGAGACGGUCUCCACUACACUCACCACACGUACGCAUAGUCACCGGAAAACACCAUCUCCAACUGUCCCUCCGCUACACUCGGAGCAUUUCAAACCCUGUCAUGAGAAGGACUUGGCCUACUGCCUGAAUGGUGGUGAAUGCUUUGUCAUCGAGACACUCAGCGGGCCUCACAAGCACUGCAAGUGUCGAGAAGGCUACCAAGGAAUCCGCUGUGACCAGUUUCUUCCCAAGACUGACUCCAUCCUGUCAGACCCAAUUGAUCACUUGGGCAUUGAGUUUAUGGAGAGCAAAGAGGUGUACAAGAGACAGGUGCUGUCGAUCACAUCCAUCGCGAUGGCAAUUAGUCUCCUGGGAACACUGUGCAUGGCCCUCUACUGCCGCAACAAGAGGCGCAGAGAAAAACUCCAGGCCCACCUGAAGGAGAGUCGCAGCUUGAAAAACUACACCACUAGUUCCCACAAUGCCCAAGAAGCCAAGAUGAGGGCCUCUAACACCAACCUGCAAAUUCAUGAGUACUGCAAACGGCCGUCCCAGACUCGCCAGGGAAACGUCUGUGAGUCCAGCUUUUCACACUGCAACGUCACAACCACACCACCCAGCAGCUCCAGAGGCACAGCCAAACAUCACAGAAGCAGUUCCCUGUCUCACAGCCCCGACCAGAGAAUGCGUGCAGCCCAUUGGUCAGCUCCUCGCCGGACUCCACCCAUACCCAGUAGAAGAUUAAACCCAAUUGGAGGUUCCAAGUAUUCUGGCCCCGCCUACCAGCACCUUCAGGAAGUGGACUCAUCUGAGAAAGAGGCCGAAGCACAAAGAGGUGUCCAAGUGCAGGGAGAGAGCCAGUGUGAUGACGCCUUCCUACAUAUGCAAGCGCCUGUGAUGGAGGCCUUGUCGCCAUCGCCUUGGAGCGGCUGCGUGGAGGUGCGUGCACACCUGUGUCCUCCAUCUGAGCACAACGAACCCAAUCACACCACCCGCAGCCUGAGAAGACCGGGACACCGUCGAAGCCACUCCCCGCCUCCCCCAUUUCGCUCCUGCUCUAUCCCCAUAAUUCCAUCCGUGCAGUCUCACCAUGACAGUGAGGUGUCUUGCAUGCAAACCACCCCAGCAACCACAACGAUGUCAGUCACCUGCGGAGCUACGCCUUCCAAGGAGGAGAAGAAAGAGAAGGCAGCGCACGCCGCGUUGUUUUCAUCUUCCUGCUCGUCCACCAUUGGACAGCAGCGGGAUGAGGUGGCGCUACUGCUCGAAGAGGCACAGGAGCAACUCAGGGCGUUGGCGCUGGCUCACAGGAAGCAGGAGGGCAGCGGAGUCAUCUGCAGCACCUCAGCUGUUGUGCUGGUGGAAGCCAGAGAAACGGUUUGCUUCCUGAACGUUAACGGAGGAAAUGCCGGGGCGCUGAGUUGUAACGGACCCACGCAGACCCAGCUACUCAGCCCCAGCCUACCACACAGAGACCUGGGCCAAACCGGCCAAUGAGAGGAAAGAUUUAGGACAUUCACCUGCUGUUUUACACUGUUUGACAGACUCUGGUGUUCUGCAUCUGUGGGAUGAGAAUGGAAAUGCUGAAUUGGAUGGGGGGUAAAAAAUGUAAUAUCAUGGGUAAUCUGAAAAUGUGCUGAUGAUAUGCAUACUGUAUGUAUACGAGCAUACAAACACUUCUCGAGUGGCCGCCUUUACACCGACUGACAGUAUAGAAAAAGAAAAAAAGUAUUUACAUGCAUUUAUUUACGAAACAAGAGAAACACUUCUACUUAGACAAAAAGAAACCAAAUAGUCUGUCAAAUCCAUGGUGUUUUUAAUUGUAAAAAAAAUAUAAAUAUAUAUAUAUAUAUAUAUAAAUAUAUAUGGAUAUAAAUAUAUGGAAUUCAAAAGUGACCAAGUAAAAGUUGAAGAACACAGGAAUGAUGUAACUAUUUUUGUUUGUUUGUUUUUUUUUUGUUUUUGUUUGUUUGUUUUUACUUUCUUGGUUUUGUAUUAACUCACAUUUCGGUUCUGGCUCAAUGAAGAACUCCAUUAAUGUUCUGCCGCACGUCCGCGAGCCUGAAUCGGAUUCUGUGAGCCUGCACGGAAUCAAAAAUGGCCAACGAGAAAAAAAAAGGAGCGUCCACGCCAAUUUCACCCCCCUUUGCCUUUAAAAUAAACUGUUACCCAGCCAAGAAUUACAGCACAGCCCUCUGUGGUAAUCAAAAACACUGAGGAUUUAUGACGCAAAACAAAAACUCCCCAGCUAUGUGUGUGUGUGUGCGUGCUGUGUGUGUGUGUGUGUGUGCACGCGUGUGUGUCUGUGUCUGUGCUGGGAAAUCGUGAAGGAAGAGACAAAGAAAAACUAAGAACCGAGUUCUCCCGGAGCCGCUCGGAUUUGGGAGGGCAGAUGCUGACUCCAGUUUGGCCAGUUUGUUUGAAACCAGUCUAGAUUAUUUUUGUUUUUAUUACAAAUUAUAUUUUCACACUCAUAUGCACACAUGCUCACCUGUGAAUUAUUAUUUGGUUGGUUGCAUAAAUAAACAGAAGGACUAAGAAGGACAGUGGGCUACGGGGCACCGCAGGAGCGAAUGUUUAGUUUGUUUUCCAUUUUUUGGUUAUUAAUGAACAAUGCUGCUUUCUGGGGCUGAUGGGAGGGACGACCACAUGGUUUUGGUAUUGAAACAAGAAAUAAAUGUCUCUAUGUUGUAUCCUA